AUGACUCUGCAAUUCAUUGACAACAGUUCGAUUGAUUCCAACACGAGAAGACUGAUACGCAGUCAUGCCGCCAAAGGUAAGAACAUCGGCAAGGGACGGCCAAGGCGGAAACCGCGUCCAGCUGAAGGUUCGCCGCUAUUGUCUGUUGGUGGACCAAACGAGCCCCUUGUGGCCCGUUCGGAAAAUGCGCAACGUAUCACGAUAGAACGUCCUCACUUUGAUGCAGUAUCGCUUUGUUCUACAUUCGAGCUCAGUUCCACAUCGAGGCGCAUGUUUCGGCAAGUCUUCUCGUUCAUCCGCGUUGAACUCUACCCAAGACAACUUGAAAUUGCCAUUGAGCACGACAUGGCCAGUUCUAUGUGGGUGAGGUUCAUUUUUGUUGAUGAGGCAUACUUCCACUGCAUAAUAGCAAUGGUUAGUGCUAUAUCAGGGUUUCCAUUGAUUGGCAAAGAAGAUUCAGCAGAAUCAUUGCGUCAUCUUGCGCACACAUUCCGCUUGGUGAACGAGAAGCUCUCUGGGCGCGAAGCAACUGCAGACACGACGUUUGCUGCCGUGGUUGCGAUGACCCAGUAUUAUCGCUUGAGAGGAGACCACAAGCAAGGCUUAGUCCAUCUCGACGGCCUUCGGCAUAUGGCUUGCAUGCGUGGAGGUAUAUCCCACCUUGCACAGACUCAUCCCGCGUUGGCUCGAAAGAUAUUUAGGGCAGAUUUAGAGUUUGCUCUUAACCUUGGAACGCCAACAAAGUUCUCUCACGCGGACAUACCCAGUGAUCAUAUCAUCAAGUUAUUAGACAAUACGACACAUACACUUUCUUCUUUAUGGCUAUCGACAGUCUUUGCCCAAGUUCCAGAGGAUCUCAGGGAAAUUACGUUCGAAAUUUUCAAACUUGCGCAAUCGAUAAACGCGCACACUAGUAGUGCCCAAAAGAUCGAUGGCGAUUUAUUUCACGACGUUAUCAUCUUCCUUGGAUACCGACUCAAUGCAAUAAAUCCCCUGUCUGCUCCGCCAAUUUCGCAUGGCCUAUCGGACAUGCUGUGUUUGGGUCUGCAGUCUUUCAUGGCAUCAUUCUUUGCUGGACUCAAUCGGAAAAUGCCAUCGUUGCCAAAGCUAUCUGCGAGGAUUAAAUCAGUUGCAGUGGAACCUUCACACACGUCCCAGUCAUGGCACAAGUUGCGUCUGUGGAUGUUAUUCAUUGGCCGCACCACAAUUCUAAAGCAGUGCGAGGAUUCGUGGGUUUUACCGGACAUCAUCACUAGCAUUCGGUAUCUUGGCAUCUCAAGUCCGGGUGGCUUGCAGGAGACCUUGUCUCAAUUCCCGUGGGUCAAUUUGUUACAUGAUGAUGUAUGCGAACGACUAUAUGUCAAGAUAUCGACUGACCUCCAGAUCCCACCAUUAUUGGUCAUUUAA